GUUUUUUUAAAGAAGGCCACUUUUUUCGAAAAAACCCUGUAGUCUGGACACAUCCUCAGUGGUGCUCAGUCUUCUUUAAUGUAAGCCACAGCUCUAUAUACAUUGACCUCACAUUACACUUUUUUUUAAAAAAAUGUUACCAACUAGACAAAGUACUUCUCUUAGACUAUUACCACAGUAUAUUGUCAAUAGGACAAAGAAGCAGUUAUGGUUCACUGAAUCCUAUAUAUCUGAAUUAAAAUUAAUCUUCAGUAAGAAACUCUCUUUCCCAUUUCCCCCGCUGUCAGCCUUUGCAGGGUGAUGCAUUUGAUGACUUUGUACAGUAGAUCAUUUCUUCCUCUGAUGUAUCGGAUCCUUAUUUUGUAACUGGCUGUAAAUCCUCUUGAGCUAAUUGAUGCAGUAUCUUUCACAUUACAGCUAUUAAAACUAUACAAAGCAGUCAUGUAUUCAGUUUGACUGAUGUUGGGAUCAUGUUGGUAUCAACAGUACAACACAACUUCAGAAUACUAUUUCUGUCUGAAACCCUGCCCCCAGGAAAAUAUGAUUGUAAAGCCCUGAAACUUGACAGGGGGAUUGAAUACCUGAUACAAUUUUAAUUUUUAAUCGUAGAUUUCAAGGUGUUGGUUCCCUAUGAAUCCACUCACUGGGCAAAUUCUUUCCCCAUUCUGAGCCCAUAAUGAGAAGAGAGUAAAUAGCAUGCUGGUGAAAAUUGCAGAUGAUGCUAAACAUGGAGGACUUAAGAGAAAAGAUAAAUGAUGCAAAGGUCAAGAAAUCAGAAAUAUAUUCAGAAGGGAAUAAUACAAAGGGACAGAUUCUAAUCUAUUGUGAUUCUCUGCUGCCUACUCCUUUCCCUCUCCCCUAAAAGUGUUUAUAAAGCAUUGGAAGCUUGAAGCUGGAGCAGGGAUUCAUUUUGUACCAGUCCUGUUUUUCAGAAGAUGGCUGCUGUUUGGAAAAAGCUAACUGUUGUGGGUGAUGUUGCCUGUGGCAAGACAUGUCUCUUGCUUGCCUUCUGCAAGGAACAGUUUCCCAAAUGCUACGAGCCAACAGUGUUUGAAACCUAUACCACUGAUGCUGAAGUUGAUGGGAAACAAAUGAAGCUGAUGCUCUUUGACGUAACAGGGCAGCGCCAAGGUAAUUUGCAGCACUUCCGUUCAUUGUUCUACGAAGGCACCGAUGUCAUCUUAAUGUGCUUCUCAGUGGACAGGCCAAAUUCACUGCAGAACAUCCUUGACAUUUGGAUUCCAGAGGUCAAACUAUUUUGCCCCACAGCUCCUAUUGUUCUGGUGGCUACCAAGAAAGAACUGAGGAAAGAUGAGGGAGUCCUGGAAAGACUUGCUAAACAGGAACAAAAUCCAGUAAAGACAGCAGAAGGAAAGGCCUUGGCUGAUAGCAUUGGGACAUAUGCCUAUCUGGAGUGCUCUGCAAAGACAAAAGAUGGCACUGAAAGAGUCUUGCAGAUUAUUGGUCAAGCUGCACUACUUGAUGGAACAAAGAAGAGAAGAAACCAUUGUGUGUUCUGCAGAUUGUUGUAGGAAAAGCAAAAGUUAUUUUUUAAAUGUAUGCAUGUGUAAUGUAUUAAGAAAUUAGAUCACAUGUGGGUGUUUUCUGAGUAUUGAAUGAAUGUUUCACAAGGCCAGAUUGUUCUCCUUUGUGGAAAAAACUGGGUAGAGCAGAGGAACAUGCAAAUUUUCUCUUGAAGAAUUUCUAUUAGGUUAUUCUGCUGGGGAGUGAGUGGGACUUGCCUCUUCCUACUCCGUCAGGAGUGGGCUGGAGGUACAAACUCCAGAACCCAUGGAUGAAUGGAGAUUUGCACAGAUCUUGAGAGAUGAAAGUGAGGCCAAAGCCAGAAUUCUCCAUAGAGGUAUUGUGAUUCUGCAUUACCUAGACCUUAUUCCAAGCUCCUUGUUGUCACAAUGUUAGUGAUAAGGCACUGUGCUUCCCCUAUUUGCAACUACCUUACACCUACUCAUGGAAUGUACCCUUAGGGCAGAAAGGCUCCAUGUAAACAUACAUACAAUUACAGGCUAUAUUAACUUGAUAGUUGAUAGUGAUAGUUCACUUAUUACUGCUUUGCUUUGGGGAUCAAGGGCACCAUUUGAGGAGAGUGGUGGGAGGGUAAAGCCCCUGAUACAGGGAUGCCUCUUCCUCUUUUCUCCCUUCCCCUCACUGUCAGGGAGCGAGAGAAAAGUGCACAGCUUGUGUGCAUUCCUCUCACUCUCGGUUGAUGAGGGGAGGGACCAGAGGAGUAAGUGACCCAAGCAUUCUGGUACAAGGGUCUUUAGCUCCCAUCCCUUACCCUCCCAAAAUGGCAUCCUUGGUGAGGACAAUGCACAUGGCACACGAAAGCCCAGCCUUCUCCAAGUUUAUAUUCCCUAUGGCCCAGGUCUGGAGAUUGAACAUAGGCACACUUAACUGACAGAUCAAGGGAAACAAUGAUUUAUUACUUUUUUUUGCUAACUUCUUGGGCUAUUGUUAUAUUUCAUACUAGAAAUCUAAUCUUCCAUUUUUUGGCCACACACUAUUAAAUAGACUUUUAAAGGCGGUCAGAGUAUUGAUGCUGAGCAAAUAUGUUCACCCAACACCAUGCAAGACUUUGCUCUAGAGUGGAGGCCAGCAAAGUUCCAUUUGAAUGUUUUGUCAAAAUUCAAGACAACUUUUUUCUAAGGUUGCAAAGACUCUACCAGGUGGUACAAACUUGCAGUGUAGGUGCAGCCUUCCCUCGCAGACAAAGUUUCUCCUGUUGGUAUAGGAACACCAUCUUCAUGAGUGAUGUUAGGGUAUGUCUACACUACCCCCCUAGUUCG